CUGGUAGGCGUUAGCAGCGGGGCUGGGUGCGGGCUCGCUGUCUGGAUGGCAGGGCACAGCCCGCACCCUUCUCCCAGAGGCCCCUUCACGCUCGCGAGUCCUGCCUCAACCAAGAUGGCGUCGCGGCCAGGCCGCUAUUACGAAAUGUCGCGAGAGCAAAGGAGCUUCCACGUCCUCGGCCAGAGUUGCUGGAGCGGCUGACGUCCGUGCCCGUCACGUCCGGGUCCAGACUAGGCUUCCCCGAGCCCCCAUAGCGAGGCGCGGAGCAGAGCGGCCGGGGCCCCUGCCCCCCCAGCCGAGGGGGAUGAUGUCGGGGCCCGGGGGCGCGGCGGCGGCGGGGGCAGGCGGCAGCGGCGCGAGGAGCGGGGCCGGCGCGGAGUGGGGCGGCUUCGAGGACAACCUGCAGGGAGGAGGCUCCGCCGUGAUCGACAUGGAGAACAUGGACGACACGUCUGGCUCCAGCUUCGAGGACAUGGGCGAGAUGCACCAACGCAUGAAGGAGGAGGAGGAGGACGUGGAUGCGGAAGCUGCUGCGGUAGACGAGGAGGAUGGAGAGUUUCUGGGCAUGAAGGGUUUUAAGGGCCAGCUGGGCCGACAAGUAGCCGACCAGAUGUGGCAGGCAGGUAAGAGACAAGCCUCGAAGGCCUUCAGUCUCUAUGCCAACAUUGAUAUUCUCAGACCCUACUUUGAUGUGGAGCCUAUCCAAGUUCGGAACAGAUUGCUGGAGUCCAUGAUCCCCAUGAAGAUGAUUAAUUUUCCCCAGAAGAUUGCAGGUGAGCUCUACGGCCCCCUCAUGCUGGUCUUCACAUUGGUGGCCAUCCUGUUGCAUGGGAUGAAGACCUCAGACACCAUCAUUAGGGAAGGCACGCUGAUGGGCACAGCAAUUGGCACUUGCUUCGGUUACUGGCUGGGCGUCUCCUCCUUCAUCUAUUUCCUGGCAUACCUGUGCAAUGCCCAGAUCACCAUGGUGCAGAUGCUGUCACUGCUGGGCUAUGGUCUCUUUGGACACUGCAUCACCCUCUUUGUUACCUAUAACAUCCACUUCCACUCCCUCUUCUAUAUCUUCUGGCUGGUGAUCGGCGGCCUCUCCACACUACGAAUGGUUGCUGUGUUGGUGUCACGCACAGUAGGACAUACCCAGCGGCUCAUCCUGUGUGGAACCCUGGCUGCUCUGCACAUGCUUUUCCUCCUCUAUCUGCACUUUGCCUAUCACAAGGUGGUGGAAGGUAUCCUGGACACAUUAGAAGGACCCAACAUCCCCCCCUUUCAGAGAGUCGCCAGAGACAUCCCCGUUGUUGCCUCUGUUGUACUGAACACAACAGCCAAAGCCAUCGCGCUGACCCUGUAGCCUCAUGGACUCUGACUCGCUGCCCUCACCUCUUCUGGGGCCAUUAGGUCAUAACCACCUGCUGUUACCUGGGAAAGGACAAAAGAGCAGGACUUGGUUUCUCUGCACCUUUUUUGGGGAGCUGAGUGCAGGGCUCCCCCUCAUGUCUCAAAGGAACUCAGCUCUUCCCAGCCUGCAUCUGUGCUGGUCAGAGCUGUCCUCAGCUUCCUGCACACUUAGCUGGGAUUUUAUAGCUCUGUUGUUCCUGCCCCAACCCUUCUGCUUGCUCUUGUAACUCCCAGCCUAUGUGCUCUGCUCCCCUCCUAAAGAGGGAGGAAUUAAAUGGAAGUUGGUGCUGA